GUAUAUAUAACUGAGAUCUCUCUCUACUCCUCACAUCAACACCCAGCAUCACCUCCAUCUCAGAAGAAGACUUCAUCCACAGGUCCAAGCCUCAUCAUCAGUGAAAUAAUGGAGCUGGAUAUAAAUAAUCUGGAUCUGGCUGUUGGACAACAACUGACAGUGUAUGGGAAGAUUCCUGAUGAUGGCAAACGGUUUGGAAUAUUCCUGGGUUGUGAUCCUAAGAAUUUUGCAGUGCACUUUAACCCCCGUUGGGAUGAUCCUCAAGAUGGUACCACAAUUGUGGUCAACUCGAUGACGAACAGUGUAUGGGAACACGAGAUAAGGGAGGCAAACACCCUGCAAAGGGGCAGCUAUGUCACGAUUGUUAUAGCUUUGGAAAGCAAGACUCUUUUCAAGAUAAAACUCCCUAGUGGUCACACAAUACCGUUCCCCAACCGAAAGAGCAUGGACAUCGACUACAUCAGGAUCAAAGGUGCCUUCCAGCUGAAGUCCUUCAAGAUGGGUGAAAUGGUUGUGGAGUCCCGUAUGCAAGUUGAUGCUACUCUGAAAGACGAUCAUUAAUGUUGAUGCAGUAAAGAAAAAUAUGAUGGCAGACCUAAGAGAGGAUCAUUUAUUGUUCCUAUGAAAUUUAUUGAAAUGUCUUUCUGGCUUUUAUUUUCAUGUUUUGAUUGGUAAAGAAAAGGCAUGCGCUGUAAAUUCAAGAGUUAAUAAAAAAACAAAUUCUUUGAA